UUGGAGAAGAAGAAAAAAGAUAAUAAUUACGUGCAAAAUGGAAUCUGUUUUACAACCACCACAACCGUUUCUUUUUGAAAAUGACCUUGUAAAUGUCACAUCUGGAAAUUUAAGCAGAGAAUGGGAGAAGUGGAAAAAAUCAUUUUUAAUAUACUUCGAAGCUUGUGAAUUAUCGAAAAAAGAAAAAAAGGUACAGAUUAAUAUUUUGUUGCAUAUAAUUGGAGAAAAAUGUCGUGAGAUAUACGACCAGUUCACAGAAACAUUCAAGACUAUUGAGGAGGUGAUUCAAAAAUUUGAUGAUUUCUUUUUACCUAAGAAGAAUUUAACAAUAGAGCGACAUAGAUUUUUCACUCGGAACCAGCAAGAUACGGAGACGGUUACGCAAUAUGUUUUUGAAUUGAAUAAAAUGGCGGCUAAGUGUGAAUUCAAAGAUUUAUGUAGCGAUCUUGUACGCGAUAGAUUAAUAUGUGGAAUAAAAGAUGCAGCAAUGAGAGAAAGAUUAUUGCGUGAAUAUAAUUUAACAUUAGAAAAGGCGGUAGACAUAUGUAGAUUGGCGGAAGUUUCACAUGCGCAAGCUGAGCAUAUUGAAACGAAAAAUCCUGAAUAUCAUGUACAUGAUGUGAAGAAUAAUAAUAACGAACAUUGGAGGGAACGGACUGAUAUUCACUGGAUAAAUCGUGGAUCUUCAAGAACCAGAGCCAACCGGGGUGUACGGCGGAUUCCUUCAGAUCGUAGGUCGGGUCACGUACCGACUUCAUCUCAUGGCGUGAAAACGAAUCGGUUUUCGUCGAACAGUGAGUGUAAUAGAUGUGGUCGCAUCCAUAAUAGGUACAAAUGCCCUGCAUAUGGACAGAAGUGUAACAAGUGUAGCCGCAUGAAUCAUUUCUCAAGAAUGUGUAGAAUAUUUGAGGUGCUGGAGGAGGAUUCCACCGAUCAGGCAUAUUCUGGUGACAGCAUUAAAGUUAUUGGUAAAUGUUAUUAUAAAGUAACUCAUAAACAGAAUAACUAUAUUUUAAAGUUCAUUAUUGUUGAUGUUGAUUCUUCGGCUAUUUUAGGCAGGAAUUCAUGUGAGGAAUUACAAUUAAUAAAACGAAUUAUGUCCGUAAGUACAGAGGAUAGUAAUAACAAAAUUUUAAAUAAAUAUUUGGAUGUAUUCACUGGAUUGGGCUGUUUACCCGGUAAAUACAAAAUAAAAUUACAUAAAAAUAUUAGUCCUGUGGUACAUGCGCCUAGAAAAUUACCAAUAGCCCUCAAAGAAAAUGUUAAAAAUACUUUAUUAGAAAUGGUGAACGAUGGUAUAAUAGCGAAGGUGGAGGGGCCCACUGAUUGGGUCAACAGUAUGACUGUUGUCAAAAAAGCCAGUGGAGAUCUACGCAUCUGUUUAGAUCCCCGAGAUUUAAAUAAGGCGAUUAGGCGGGAGCAUUUUAAGUUACCCACGUUUGAGGAAAUUACGUCAAAUUUAUGUGGUGCAAAAUUUUUUACCACUUUGGAUGCUAAGCAAAGUUUUUGGCAAGUCAUGUUACACGAGGACAGUACCGAUCUAUGCACGUUUAAUACACCAUUCGGUAGGUAUAAGUUCUUACGGAUGCCGUUUGGUAUCUCUUCAGCGAGUGAGAUAUUCCACAAUAGACUUUAUAAUCACUUUGAUGAUAUAGAAGGUGUUAUUUUGUUCGUUGACGAUUUAUUAGUUUAUGGGGAAACCAAGGAAGUUCAUGAUAUACGUUUAGAAAAGAAAACGUCACUGUUACGCGAAUUACUGAAGAAAGAAAUUGUGUGGCACUGGGACGACAGACAUGAACAGUGUUUCAGCAAUAUUAAACAGUGUUUAAUUCGACCACCUGUACUACAAUAUUAUAAUUUAAAUAAGCCAGUCACUAUAUCUGUAGACGCCAGUAAAAAUGGUUUGGGCGCGUGUCUAUUGCAAAACAAUUUACCGCACCGAGUGACGGGGCGCGCGUUACACAGCGCAGUGAUUACUUGGACUUGCAAGCGCAAGUGUGUGCAGUGUCUGCCAGCAACCCAUUGA